CUUCAGGCUGAAAGCGCCCGUGUGUCCGGGCGGUUCCAAAGUCUUCGGCGCGGUGCAGCCGGUGAGCAGUUAGCGCACAGCGAGUCAGCAGCGAGUCAGCAGCGAGUCAGCCCGCCAGUAGCGUAGGAAGGCUGUUGACGAACACACGGCCACGGCGCGCGCCUUCUGGGGAGCGUUGAGUGCGCGGGAACCUUCUGCGUCUGAGCGGCUCCUCGCCGGUUUGUUUGGGCAGUUGGUGGCGCUGCGGGAGGAAACACGGCCAUGGCCGCGCAACACGGAGGCAGACGCGAUGAGAAGGGCAGGAACAUCCAGGUGGUCGUCAGAUGCAGGCCCUUCAACACGAUGGAGCACAAGUCGUCUCACGGUGUGGUGGAGUGUGACGUGGCCAGGAAGGAGGUGGUGGUGAAGACGGGAGGACCCCUCGACAAAGCCUCCAGGAAAACCUACUCCUUCGACAUGGUGUUCGGUGCCGCCGCCAAGCAGAUCGAGGUUUACAGAAGCGUCGUCUGUCCCAUCCUGGACGAGGUCAUCAUGGGCUACAACUGCACUGUGUUUGCCUACGGUCAGACCGGCACAGGGAAGACCUUCACCAUGGAGGGGGAGCGCAGCCCGGAUGACCAGUUCACCUGGGAGGAGGACCCGCUGGCUGGCAUCAUCCCCCGUACGCUGCACCAGAUCUUCGAGAAGCUGACUGAAAACGGCACGGAGUUCUCCGUCAAAGUCUCUCUUCUGGAGAUCUACAACGAGGAGCUGUUUGACCUCCUCAGUCCGUCGGAGGACGUCAGCGAGCGGCUGCAGUUGUUUGAUGAUCCCAGAAACAAGCGCGGCGUGGUGGUCAAGGGUCUGGAGGAGGUGACGGUUCACAACAAAGAUCAAGUGUAUCAGAUUCUGGAGCGAGGAGCUGCCAAGAGGAAGACGGCCUCCACCCUCAUGAACGCCUACUCCAGUCGCUCGCACUCUGUGUUCUCCGUCACGAUCCACAUGAAGGAGAUGACGCUGGAUGGGGAGGAGCUGGUGAAGAUUGGCAAACUCAACCUGGUAGACCUUGCUGGCAGCGAGAACAUCGGGAGGUCAGGUGCUGUGGACAAACGGGCCCGUGAGGCUGGAAACAUCAACCAGUCUCUGCUGACGCUGGGCAGGGUCAUCACCGCUCUGGUGGAGAAGAGGCCUCACGUGCCGUACAGGGAGUCCAAGCUGACCCGGAUCCUGCAGGACUCGCUGGGAGGACGCACCAAGACCUCCAUCAUUGCCACCGUGUCUCCGUCGUCCAGCAACGUGGAGGAGACCCUGAGCACCCUGGAGUACGCCAGCCGGGCCAAGAACAUCAUGAACAAGCCGGAGGUGAACCAGAAGCUCACCAAGAGGACGCUCAUCAAGGAGUACACGGAGGAGAUCGAGCGCCUGAAGCGGGACCUGGCUGCUGCCCGCGAGAAGAACGGCAUUUACCUGUCCUCGGAAAACUACGAGACCAUGAUGAGUCAAAUCUCGGCUCAAGACUGUCACAUCAGCGAGUACAGCGACCGCAUUGCUGCCAUGGAAGAGGAGCUGAAGAAAGUCAGCGAGCUCUUUGUGGAGAGCAAAGAGAAGCUGCAGCGCUGUGCUGAGGAGCUGGAGCAGAAGCAGCAGAGUCUGGAGCAAACCACCCAGAGCCUGGAGGAGACCAAGGUCAAGCUGAGCGAGGAGGAGUUCAUCAGCACCGAGCUGCAGUUGGCCCAGGAGAACCUCUACAACAUCAGUCAGCAGCUGCUGACCACGGUGGACGCCAGCACCAGCGACGUGUCGGGACUCCACGGGAAGCUGGACCGGAAGAAGAAGGUGGAGCAGCACAACCAGCAGAUGCAGCAGAGCUUCGCCCAGCGGAUGGAGGGGUCCUUGGGCAGCAUCCAGCAGAGCGUCCAGCUGCAGGGGAGCCACUUCCACCGCACCAUCCACAGCUACUCCCAGACUGUCGAUGCUCUCUUGAGUCUCAACACGGCGGCAGUGAAGGGAGCUCUGACCUCAGUGGAGGCACUGGUGAGCGGGGUCAAGGACGUGGUGGCAAAGGGCGUGGCCAGCUGCCAGGAGAAGUUGACGCAGCAGCAGGAUCUUUGUCUGAAGGACAAGCAGAAAGUUCUUGAGCUUCUGGACGAGCACCGGCGGGACAUGGAGGAGGUUCUGGUGCUCAACACUCUGAAGGGUCUUCCUGUCAUUCAAGAGCUCAGUGACACUCUGAGGACCACGAUGGAGACCCAGAAGGUCCUGGUUGAUAAGGUGGAGGCCAUGAAGGAGGUGGGGGCCUUCUACGUGGGCGUGGUCCAGGACCUGGCCCAGUUACGGGAGGAGACGGUGCAGAACAUGCGCUCGCAUCAGGCGGCCGACGACCGGCUUCGUGAUGGAAUCAGAGCGGCGCAGGAGCGCCAGCGCCUGGCGACCAGCCGGACCCUCCAGUGUCUGCAGGAGCAGCUGAACCAGCUGAGCGUGGAGGCGGAGCAGGACUGGGAGCAGCUGCACGCCACGUCCAAGUCUCACAGCGAGUCGCUGCAGUUCGUGCAGCAAGGCUUCAGCAGCGGCUGCAGCGCGCUGGAGCAGCGGGCCGCCUCCCAGGCUGCACUCCUCUCCUCCACCUCCUGCUCUCUGGCCUCGGCGCUGCGCCUGAGCCUGGAGCAGAGCCGGCGCAGCGUGGAGCAGCUGUCGGGCUGCUGCUCCGGCCUGCAGGCCUCCGUCUCAGGCCUGGUGGAGCGCGACCUGGAGCGCAGCAGCCGGGUGCAGCAGCAGGCCGAGGACGGAGCAGGAGCCCGGCGCUCCCACUUGAACCUCGUGGCCUCAGAAGCGGAGGCGCUGCAGCAGGGCGUGCGGAGCAGCUGCAGUGAGCAGCUCCGGUCAGCGGAGGAGCAGCUGAGCAGCCACAGCCAGGAGGUGAGGCGGCGUCUGCUGGAGGCCCAGAGCCAGAGCUGCGCCGAGCGGACCCAGCUGGACCAGCAGCAGCUGCAGCUCCUGGCUCAGCUGGAGGCCAGUCAGAAGCUGCUGAGCGGCUUCCUGCAGGAGGAGCUGCAGCAGGACGUGCCCACAGGGACCACUCCCCAGCGGAGGGACUUCUCCUACCCCACAUCUGUGGCAAAGUCUCGGAGCCGCUGCGAGCUGCUGGAGGGUCUGAGGAUAAAGCAGGUGGAGCUGCAGACGGCCCUGGAGGAGGAGCCGCCACAGGAGGAGGGGGAGGAGGAAAGGGAGGAGGACCGGACGAGCCAGGCUGACCAGGACUCCCUGGAGGACGAUCUGAGCAUGUGCAGCAGGAGAGACGCCACCGAGUCGUCCUUCAUCGACGAGAACCUGGUCUUCAACCAGAGCAAGAGGCUUCCCUUCUUCAAGAAAAAGAGCGGCAAGAAGGAAGUCAAGGUCCCCGGUCGCCCCAAAACCGAAACGGAAGCCUCGGUGACGCCGAGCAAGUCCAAACUGCCCCUUCGCUGCCAGAACUAGACGUUUUUCAUGCAAAUGUACGCGUGUCGGAAGCUGCCACGGUCAUGUUUUAAACGCUCCUUUGUUGUGUUGUUGGACAAUAAAUAAAAUGGGAA